CCUAUACCGCCUUAUUUUCAUUAGGGACAUCGAUCUCGGUGCUCCACUCGUGCGCACCCGUGAGAUAUCAUUUAAUUAUUUUAUAUUAAUUUAAUAAUUGUGCUACAAUGGAUAAAAAGUUGUGCGUCGUCUUUGUUGCAAUUAUUGCUGUUGCUCAAGGUGUGCAGCCACAAUCCAAUUACGACCUAAGCCGAAACAGGCUCGGCUCCGGGAAUGGAUUCAGCCUAAGAGACAUAGCGGCUUUUUUCCUAGGCGGCUACGGGCAGUACAACCCGGACUACCCACAGUACCCGAACACCGGCCCAGGCCUCUACCCCAGCGGGCCCGGGUACCCGGGGCAGUACCCGGGGAGUGGAUACCCGGGCGGGUACCCGGGUAAGCCCGGGUUGGCUGGGCCGCCGGGCGCGCACCCGGGGUGCCCGCUAUGCGACUCGUCCGUGUAUAGCUACUGCUCGUAUAAGGAGGCCCACGAUGCUUGUUGCUGCGAGAGGGAUACUGGAUACAGCCUCAACUGCCGCAAAGUGGACUGCAAGUACCUGUACGCCAACACGUGCCAGGAGUACAACCUGAUCUCCUCGUGCUGCUGCGUGGACGUGAAGAGCGCCGGUGCAGUGCCCGUCGUACCUGUGGCCGUCGUUGGAUAAGCUACC